UCAGUGUUGACAAAGCCUCACUGGUGUGCGGGUCGCGUCUCUUUCUGCUCUCUGUGUUUCAUCAACUAAGGAUGAUGAGUAAAUGACCCGGUGAAAGCCCAAGUGGUGGAAGGUGGCUGGUGCCACUGGAGGGCUACAUGGACCACUCUGCUUCAGAGCUGAACACUUCUUGCAGCCCUUCUGAGAGCAGUAAUGGAAGCCCAGCACACAAGAGAGCCAGGGGACGGGUUCGAGGGUUGCCUCGGCUACUGGCAAUUAAUGCACUGGUGUGCGGGGUUGAGAUUGUCUCCAGUGCUGCCUUCACAUACAUCCCUCCACUAUUGCUUAAAGCAGGAUAUACAGAAACUGUCAUGACAAUCAUCCUCGGCAUUGCUCCCUUCCUGGACAUGAUGACUGUGCCCCUCCUUGCCGAGUGGAGUGACAGAUGCACCUCAGUGUUGGGACGGAGACGGCCGUUCAUAAUGUUUCUCUCUAUCGUGUUACUUCUCUCCCUCAUCCUUGUCCCGUAUGGACCCACCAUCACCACCAUUGUCACAGGAAAUAGUUCUCCCAGGAUAAAUAUGGUUAUUUUGGCUGUUGGAGUAAUACUUCUGGACUACAGUUACCAAGCACUGUUCAAUCCCUGUGAAUCUCUCUUAUCUGAUUUGAUGGCCACUGCACCAGAAUGGGAACAGACUCGAGGCUUCACUGUUUACUCGGCUGGUAUCUCACUCGGAUGCAUCUUGGGAUACCUCAUUGUAUCUAUCGACUGGUCAUCAGCUGGUUUUCCUCUCUCACAAGAACAAACAUCAUUUUCAGUAAUAUUUAUCAUGUUUUUGCCAUGUCUAUUUCUGACCCUAUUUUGUGCUAAAGAAAAGCCUUACCGUCGGACUAUAAAUUUUUCACUUCAGCCCGGUGAAGGAGGGAUUCUACUCCGAAAGGCUGUGACUUCUGACAAUGAUAUGUUAUUGGUGAAAAAAUUGAAUCCGUCAGUUACUAUCCAAGAUGAAAUGACAGUUCUUGAUUUGACUAGUGAUAGUACAACUUAUACAAAAGACCAUCCUUCAGAUGGAGGUUAUGAGAGUGGUUCUAGUGAAACGGAUGACACGGCACCGCUCAUUCUUCCCUCCUCCGAGAUGUUCAAGUGGAGGUACCAAAUGAUCAUUCAUCAUGUCAGCCGUUUACCUAAGAUUACUUUACAAAAACUCUUUAAUAGUGUACUUCGUUUAUUAUGGAAAAUAAUAAAGAUUUUAGUUUAUUUACCAUAUCAGAUAAUUAAAUUACCAUUGGACACGUGGAAACGAGUCAGCAGUGCUCCAAAUGUCCUACGCCGUCUUUUCUUAUCGGAAUUGUUUGGAUGGAUGGGAUUUAUGUGCCACAACAUGUUCUUCACUGAUUUUGUAGGGCAGUACAUGUAUGGAGGCUUGCCUGAUGCCCCAGAGCACACUACACUGGCAGUUUUAUAUGACGAAGGAGUCAGAAUGGGAUCAUGGGGCCUUUUCCUCCACAGCCUUACUGCAUGUCUGUAUGCCUUCUGUAUUCAGCAACACAUUGUACGUCUGGUGGGUCACCGUACAGUGUACAUUGGGGGUCUCUUCAUCUUCACCGUCACCAUGGCUGCAACGAUGAUAUCUCCAACAGUUACUUUCCUUAAUAUUGUAACAGCGAUGUCUGGGGUAGGAUUUGCUGCUCUCACAUCAACACCCAACAUGUUAGUCACGCUCUACAAUUCUGACAGACAGUUAUACCUGUGGGAUGCUACCACUUUAGAAGGCGGCGAGGAAAGAGGACUUGGUACUAAUGUAGCCGUGUUGGACACUGCAUAUUUUCUAUCCCAAUUAGUUUUGUCAAUAUGCGUCGGGCCUUUGGUAGAUUUGACAGGUUCUGCACUGCCAUAUAUGAUAGUGGCAACAUUAUCUGGAAUAGUCUCUGUGUACUGUGGUUCACGUGUGGUCUUCACCGAUGUUCACUUGAAGCAACUCAGGGCUGGAGCCUUUUAAUGUGCUGACUUUUGUGGCCUUAGUCUUUGUGAUUAAUUAAAAAGUUUUGAACUUCACUGUAAUUACUGUUGUGCCAUUUUUUCUUGGGUAGCAUACAAAAAAAUGUUAUUAAAUAUUUGUACCUGUAUUUAAAUAAUGCCUGAAUAAAACGUGUGAAUAUUUGCACUGCGGAACUGAAUUUUUUUAUAUUUAUGGUUUAAAAACUUUGGCAUGUGCAAGAUUUCACAGUGUAAGCAUGGAAUUAAUGCAGUACAUUAACUUAAUUGUAUAAUUUAGUGACGAUAAUCACAACCAUCUUUCAUGUAAUGCAUUUUAUAAGCACAACAAAAAUAUAAUCAUGGAAGUACACUAUUGAACUGCACUGGUUAACAAAACAAAAAGUUGCCUUGUCUCUCUCUGUUAAGCAGGUGGCUAAGUGUAUCACACUAACAUUCUACUCUUCUUAAGAUUCUCUGAAACUCUUGACAAUCAAGUCCUCUUUUGCAUAUGUCAUUGUGUGAUUCUGGUCAUGCACAGCCAGCAUUCACUUUUCAUCUUUGUUUUAAUAAAUAUGUGCGUUAAAUGCUGCUACGUAUCAUGAUAGCUGUGCAUGUGCAGUACACUCAUUUCAUUGGCUCAUAAUUCAUACAAAUUUUGUUAUUCAUACUCAAUUUUUUUUUCUGUUUAAAUCCAUAUGACAAUUUUGUUAAAAGACAUUUAAGUUGGAAUAUUUUAUACCGUUGGUCAAUGAUAAAACUGCAAAAGUUCUAUUUUUGUUUUAAACUGUGUUGGUUUAUAUUAAAUAUUCUGGCUCUAAUUAAUUGUUGGUAUUAUAAAGUAAACUUUGGCUCACAUUUGUUUUUGUUGGAUUAUGACACAAGGUGUUAGUUCAUUGGUUAAUUCUACCACACUAGUUUGUUUGGUUGAAUUAUAUACUGUAUUAUGCUUUAUUUUGAUAGUUCAUGUUGUUGGAUAUACAAUAAGUUUUGCCAUAAUAGUUUGUUAGUUAAUUAUUCAGUAAGCUCUGCCAUAGUUCUUCUUUAAUUAAAUUAUUAAAUUUGUUCUGCGUCAUUGUAUUUGAUCAAAUUAUGCAUUAAGUUUUACCAAAACAGAACAGUUAUCAUUGUGUAUUAUUUGUGUAUUAUAAUAUUACCUUUUCUCUACAUUUUUGGCAUAUGUUUUUUUACUUAAUAAUUAUGGCAACUAGCUGCAGUGUGAUGAUAGUUUAGUUUGCCUAAUUAAGAGUUUAAAUUAAAAUUCUUUCUAGUCAUAUCUUGUACUGCUGGCAUUAAUAUUAUCUUACCCACACCCACUUUCUUACUCCAGACACACUCGCACACAAAACCUCACAUGGUGUAUGUUGCAUAUUUUCAGAUUUGUGUCGCAUCUAUAUGUCACACAUUUUGUUUCAUCUUUUUCCACUUUCAAUAGUCUUUUCAGCUUAUUCAGUACAGUGCUGUACCUGGGUAACCUUCAUUUAUUUUUACAUGUUAAUAAAUUACCUACUGACCAUUGUAAGUGAAUGUCUGUUGCUUUAUUUUUUAGGUAGCUAAACUAAUUCGUAACUCAUAAUGUUGGAUCUUUGAAAAUGAAAGGUAGCAGAAGAGAGCAGUUUUAGAUAUACAAUCCUGUGUAAUGUAUUCGAGUUUGGGUGACAUCAUUCAAUGAGUUUAGUGUUUUUUAUUUAAUAUAGGCUUGGUUACAGCAGUUAUUUAUUGGAAAUGUUAUGACGUAUCAUGAUAACUGAGACAAGGCCUGGAGCAGAGUGUUCGAGAGAGGCUUGGGGUAGAGAGCUCGAAUGCAGCAGGAUCAGUGAGCUUGAAUGCGGGAAUCCUUUAUGCUGCUACAUUAGUGUGUGUAAGCAUCAUUAUGCUUCCACAUAUAAACUUCUCCACCCACCACUAGGUACAUUUCAUGAAACUGCAAAUGUUCAGCCAGGUAAAUAUUAUGAAACAUUAAGAUAUUGGAAGGGUUUUGAGUAAAUGCUCGGGUACACUCACAGGAAAUAAUGCUGGGCAGACAGUAACAUUUAUAUGUAAAUGGAUAUUAUUUUUUACACAACUUGAUAGGCUUUAUUACUGUUUGUGACUAUUUUUAAUUCUGACAAAUUUACAGUAUCUGCAAAAUCAUGUAAGUUUUUAUCUUUUGAUGUGUUCAAUUUGUUUUUCUCCUGUGCCUACCAAUUUUAUGAAGCCUCUCAUCAAUGAAAUCUUUUGAAUCUUGCUCAGUUUGCUAGAGAAUGAAAACAAAAUUUUCUUUAUGAUCACUAACCAUCAAUUCACAAAUUAGUAACAUUUGUAAAGAUUUUAAUGAUAAGUUUUAAUUGCUUCUGGAACUGUUCAAAAUUAUUUAAUAUUUUGUCACCUGUAGCAGAAAUUCCUGUAGACCUAUAACUUAACACAUUCAGUUGAAUUUACUGUAAUUAUACAAAAGUACUACUAUAAUUUUUUUUUUUUUUUAUAAAACCAUAAAUUUGCUGUCAUAAGAACAUAAAAAUGAAGUUAACUGCAGAAGUCUUUUUGGCCCAUACAAGGCAGCUCCUAUUUCUAUCUCCCCAAUCUCGUUCAUAUACAUGUCUUAACCUACACUUGAAACAAUUGAGGGAUCCUACUUCUAUUAUGUUAUGCGGUAAUUGGUUCCAUAAAUCAACAACCCUGUUACCUAGCCAGUAUUUACCCAUAAUUUAUAUUUUUGUCAUAAUUUAAUUUUAUAUUCACAUGAUACACUUGUUAAUACUUUGAAAGUAUUAACAUAACACAACCAAACAUUUUUUUAAUACAGUACUCAGCAAAUUAUUGCCCAAUUUUAUCUAUUCAAUGCUCUUAUCAUUAGUACUUUGCAAUAUAAGCCUGCAGUCUUUAAAGCACAUCAUUAUAAUUCAUAUAUGAUAAUUUUUGAAAUAUAUAAUAAAUACAUGAUUGAAAGCUUAUGGCAUCUUUUGGUAAAAUUGGAAUUUUUAAUAUCCAAUGUGUAGUUCCAAAAUACAGUAUAUCUUUGUUAUUGUUGUACAUUUUGUAUUAAGAUAAAUAUAUAUUUUUUUGCUGUGAGUUACUUGUAGAUAUGAGAUGUUAAAUAACUAAUUCCUUGGAUGAUAGCCAAUGAAGGCAGUAAGGAAUUACUGUAACUGUAUGUAGCAUGCUGAAUGUUAGUCUUCCACAGGUGUCAAACAUGCUUUCUCUGUACUGGCUGGCUUAAAACCUGUAAAUACUAUGUUUUCUGAUAACUUUUAAGCUGGUGACUAAGGAGCAUGUGAUUAUACAGUAAAAACAUAUGUCUGCAAUAUAGUAGCCUAAUACAUUAUUUCUCAAGAUAUUUCAUUUUAUAGCAUUUUGUUUUGGUAAACUGGACAUAACUGAAUUGAGGUUAUACAUUAACAGAGUACUGUACAUGUUGUUUCUUAUGGGAUUUCAUAUUUAUAUUAUGCAUUGUUAAUUGAUAAAUCAUGUUGAAUUUGGGGUCAUCUAUCUAGUGAUGGAAACAUUGGUCACCAAGCUCUUUUAAAUACAUUUUUUCCAACCACAAUGAUUAGCAAGGUUGAGAAUAACUCUUCUGUACAUCUCGCAUUUCUUAAUACAUCUUUCCUGUAUUCCCAGCCAUCACAAAAUAUACUUCUGCCUUAGUGAUAAAACUACUUUAGAUACUAGAGAAGCAAGUGUCAUCUUAUAUAUAUUGCCAACAUCUUCCUAUAGGUUUAUCUAGAUUUCUACAGUAAUUAGAAUUACAAAUUGAGGAAUGUUAAUCUACCUUUUUCUCUAUGUACCUGCCCAAAAAUGGGAGGUAGACCUAAAGUAUUACUCCAUGUUCAUCCAUUAAUAGUCCAUCUGUACAAAAUUUAAUUAAAAGAUGGUAAUAAUAGCUUGAUGCAUAUUUAUGGGGCUUGAUACUGCGAGAGGCCUGGAAUUCAGAGCCUGGCAACAAAUCGGAGUACUCCAAAUGAAUUCAUUAUUUUAUUUUUUUUAAUUCAGAUAGAAAUGAGGACUAAAAUGUUAUACCAAGCAAGAAACCCAGAUUUAUUAGUUUGUGGUUGACUUGCCAACUCUAAUAAAAGUUUGGGUUUGAGAUUUCUGACGAGUGAAAAAAUCAAUUUGGUUAAUUUUUUACUUUGAGUAAAAAAAAAAAAUUGCCCAAUUCAAAUGGGAGUGGACUCCAUGCAAUUUCGAUUACUAAGUGCAGACAGUACUUACAGACAGUAGGUAUCCCAGCCAGACAAGGCCUGGCUGGGGACUACAUUUCAGCCAAAUGACUUCAUCCAUUGAUAUUGUUUCUAAUUUGAAUCUGUUAAAUAUACUGUACCAUUGAAAUUGGCAAAUUUGUUUUGCAAUUCAUUCUGAAAAUCUUAAUGCUCUUCCUAAUCUUCCAGAUUAAGGAAGAGCUUGUCAAGGAAGAGCAAAAAUCUUCCAGAUUUUUUUGUGACAUUGAAGCCAUAAUGUAAUGUAGAAAGUUUAUUUGAACAGAGGGAAUAGUUGUGCUCUUGAGAAAGUUACACUUUAGUUCAGAGACUUUUGAAGGUGUUAUGUUGGAUCACAGGUAACAGUUGAUAUAGUUAAAUUUAAUGUGAAAUUGUUGUUUAUCUCCCUGAUUUUUUAUCAGUUAGGUUGACUAGUUUUUGGAGUCUUAUCAAACCUGUGGACUGAACGAUCCAGUGCCCUUGCUUACUGAAUCUUGUUUCAUACCUCCUAGGGUGUGGAUAGGCAAACACUCCUCCCAGUACUUGGUGCUAGUCUCUGGCUUGGUGCCUUCUUUUGAUAAUUACUUACUCUUCCCUAGUACAUAUUGUCUAAACUGAACUAUGGUUGCCCCACAUACUCAUUGGCAUUGUUUUAACCCAAUAUCAUCUGUAUACUUUGUAUAAUACAAGCUUGGGCUUCAGAACAGGAGGCCUGUAAUUGUUCAUGAACCCAGAGCUCAUUCCAUAGCGCUUUCCCAAGACACCAUUUCUUAAAAUAUUUGAAGUGCUGUACUUUUUUUUUUUUAAUCAAGAAUGCAAUCAGGGCAAUAUUUAAAUUUUAAAUUAUGGAAAAAUAUGAAAAUAGACAAACUUUUUUUUUUUAUGUGUUUAUGUUUAAGCUGUACAUAUAUAUAGAAGCACUGUACACCAACAGCUAUGUACUGUAUUACUAAUGUAUAAAGUAUAAAAAAAAAUGGGUUGCCCCAUAAGAUUGACAAUUAGAUGUUAUACUGUUACUGUGUGAAGACAUGUUAUUAAAAGGCAUGUUAAUGUGGAUGGAGAUAUGAUGACCAAACCACAAAUCAGAAGAUGGAGAAAAGACAUUUCAGUCCAUCCUGGACCACACAUGACUUGAUAACUGUCCAGGCCAGACUGAAACGUUGUCGUUUCUCCAUCUUCUGAUGUGUGGUUCGGUCAUCAUGUUAAUGUGGAUUUGUUUCCCUGUGGUUAUUUAUAAACACAACACACCACGAGGCUAUUUUUGUAUUGAAUAUACUGUACAUACAAAAAUAUUCAGUUCAGAAAAUGGUAGUGAAGAUAGCUUUCUUUUAACUUAUUCGUGUAAAUUUAUGGUAACGGUGAUGAAUUCUGACCUGACAUUGUUUUAAAGCUGCUGUCUCAGUUCAUUAACUUUAAAGUAAACAUACUUUACACAUAGUACAUAACUUCCAAGAAUCUCAUAAUCCAACAUCGAUCAAACAAACCAUGCACUUGAAAAUAGGCAGCUCUCGAUGCUCUCAUUCUUCUUGAAACCGAUCUUGAUAUUACCUAAUCACCUGAAGAUAAUAUCUCUUCAUUACUCUUCUUGUCCCUACUACUUCAUCUCGGUAUGGAGUAGGGUAUUGUAUAGUACAUAUUUCAUUUGUUUAUAUCUUCAGUUACUCCCAUAUCUAAACCUCCACCUAUGUGAUGUGCUUUCUGUUCUAUUGUUUAUCUAGGUUAAUUGAAACUUCUCACUUUGGAAUCUAUGCCCCCAGAUAGUAGUAUAUAUUAUAAUGGUGGCCAACAUUGCAGUGAACAAAAAAAUUCAAGAACUUGUAGGAGCUUGGGUAAAGAUAUGGGAUGUAAAGGAGUAAUUAGGUAGAACAUGUGGCAGACAUUUGGCCGCCAUGCAAUGUUAAACCGAUGGAAAGCAUUAUCCAGUAUUUGUUGUUCAGACUUGGGCUGUAUUGUGGUGCAUCAUGUUUUUGUUUACUCUGGAUAGGCUAAACUGGUCUAUUUCUGUAUCUGUUAGAUAUUUAUAAUGUCUUGUGUAGUAAUAAUGUACUUAACUUUUUUAGUUAUUGACAGGCAUUAAAUAUUUUAGUUCUUAUAGUGCACUUUUAGAUUUUAUUUUCAAGGCACAAUUUUUCUGUGGAGACUCAAGUUAAGUGUACGUGUUUGUGUUUUAAAACAUUCUAGAAUGUUCAUCAGUUUCUUUAAAAAGCUUUUAUAAAUUAAUUGUUUUUGUUCUUAAAAGGUUGUAUGUGUUAGGUAAUAAUUUCUGCAAAAUUUGUUUAAUGUUGACUGCUGUUUUUAAAUGUUAAUUUUUCAAUAUUUUACAAAUUAAAGAAUGAAAAGUAUAAUAUAUAAAAUGUAGUUUUUAUUUAAAAAAGCCUGUAAUAUUGUUAGGACAAUCAGAUUAGUAAGUGCAGCAGAAGUGUAUUAUUUUGACUAAUUCUAAAUAAAAUUUAUUAGCA